AUGAUUCAGACGGCCAAGGAUAAAGGCUUUGUUCAGUUUUGUCUCACAGAACAUAUGCCUCGGUUGCAAGACCGGUACCUAUACCCAGAGGAGCUCGAUAAGGGCAUGACAACUACAAGUUUGGACGACAGAUUCGAUAAGUAUCUCGAACAUGCUGCUGAAAUCAAGAAACGAGAAAACGCGGUUGAUGGUUUCAAAAUACUCAUUGGUCUAGAAGUCGAAGGUAUUGAUGAGGAUCACAUCAAAGCAGUGGAGAAGUACAGACCGCUGAUAGAUAUGUGCGUUGGCUCAGUGCACUUUGUUAAAGGUAUCCCCAUUGAUUUCAAUGAGGAGAGAUGGAGAGAAGCUCGUGAGGCUUGUGGAGGCACUACAAGACAGUUAUACAAGGAAUAUUAUGAGCUACAAUACAAAGUCUUGACGAUGUUAAAGCCUGACGUUGUGGGUCACAUUGAUUUAAUCAGACUCUUCAGAGUCGACGACUUGGACCCAACUACGGGCAAGACGCUAUCUGAGGUGAAUCUUGAAAAAGAAUGGCCGGAUGUGUGGCUGUUAAUUAAGCGAAACGUCGAGUUUGUCGUCUCAUAUGGCGGAAUUUUCGAGCUCAAUUCAGCUGCCAUUCGUAAAGGUUGGGACCUGCCUUAUCCUAAGAAAGACGUUGGUUUGUUGAUCAAACUGGCGGGCGGCAAGUUCUGCCUUUCAGACGAUUCUCACACGUAUGAUCAAGUUGGCAAGAACUACCACAAGGUUUGGGAAUACGUGAAAACUACACUCCAGCUAGACAGUGUAUACUAUUUGGAUCUCGAUUCCCAUGGAAAAACAGUGGUUGCGGAGGCAAGCGUGGCUAGUUUGUCCUCGUCCCUGUUCUGGGACCAGUACCGAUAA